CGCAGCUCGCAGCAUGCCAAACACUCACAAUGGCGAUCAAAGAUGAGCUCUCCGGGCUCAACCACGAGCUGUCUAUGUUUCCUGAGCGAGCAUUCGAGUUCAGCAAAGCGGGAGGAGUUGUCAUCGAGCAGGAUGUGGCCGACGUGGGGUCAAUUGUCUGGGACGCAGAGAUAUUAUUGGCCCACUACCUUGAUCAGGCAUACGGCUCCCGGCUGAGCGGAAUGCGGGUGUUGGAACUCGGCGCUGGAACUGGCCUCGCCGGCCUCGUGGCAGCAAGGCUCGGUGCAUCCGUCAUUCUCACAGAUCAGUCUAAGCUUUUGCCGACGCUGAUAGCAAACGCUCGCGCUAACGCUCAAGACCUCGAGUUUAGCCGUCAGCCACCUGCCACUCCGGGCAGUCGGGACGGCACGUCAACGCUGCCUUCUGACGACCUUGCGGAUGUUCUUUCAACGCCCCCUGAAUCGGACAACACUUGCUCUGUUGCAACAACGCCUAGCAUUGCAAAAGGCGAGGGGGAGACUGAGGAUGUGCCUGUAUGCAGGAAAUCUGCGAGGCGACGAAAGGGCGGCGACGACGAGGGGUUGAAUCAAGUCGACACGCCCAAAGACAGCACCGUCAACGUCGUAGCGUCCAAGCCAGAUGAUCGAGUGUUAUCCACCACGAUGUGCUGUUUAGAUGGCGGGGGUAGCAAAGGCUGCUGGCGAGUAGUGGAGCUGCUGUUUUCUGAGAGCGAGGAAGAAUUGCUGCGAUGGCGCCGCAUGGCGGGUGGAGGAGGAACAACGGGAGGGCCUUUGCGUGUUGUGCCCGAAGGGGAUCCUGAAGGCGACAGUCACGACGGUCUGUUUGAUGUAGUCGUGGCGGCCGAUGUGGUGUACCUCAACGACUUGUGGGAUGCCAUGGCGUUCACCAUCAAGGCGUUGACGAAGCCAAGCGGCGAGGCUUUGAUGACCUUUGAGCAGCGACGGGGGAACGUGGAUGGGUUUUUCGGCCCCCCGAGGUUCGGCCGUGAGGAAACCGGGUGCUGUUGGGGCCAUGGAGAGGAGGUCGACUUUGCAGAGGGGGUCGAAGCCGGGGAGGUGUUAAGGGACGCAGCAAAGGCUGCUCGAGUUCGGAUGUAUCGCAUGCGUCGAAGCGGUAGACGUGUUCCUUGACGGCUGUACUGUGCAUGACAUCCGCACUUACAUCAGACCAAGCAUUCUCUUUCAGGUGGAUGCGUAGGCGUGUGUGUUCCAAGUCCAGCCAUUGCUGGGGGCGGUCUGUAGGGCGUACACGUCCACGAGGGCAGAAUUGUCGUACGAGACGUGGAAAUGUGAUGUUGGCGACUGUGCCAUAUUCGUUGUAUUCCCAGCCUCGAUGGCCCCUACGAGCAACUGCAGGCAACUGAUAUUGUUUGGAUGGGAACUUAGCUCGUGGGAUUGUGAAUUGUGCGCAGAAUUGGCAAUAACCUGGCGACGAAGCCGUUAAGGACAAAAACACGAAGGAUCAUUCAGCC